UGUGUAAGCUGGACGGAUAAGUUCUUGGAUGAUCAAUCCUGAUUUCAAGAUGGACAGCAGUCGGAGACUUGGUGCUGCUUUAUUUGGUGUGGGUAGAAUCGGACAGGUCCAUUUAAAGAACAUGGUGGACAAUGGGCGUCUGGCCAUAAGAUGGCUAGUGGAUGUGCCUGCACAACAUGGUAUGAUGAAUGAACUGAUAGAGAAACAUAGAUUGACAGGGGAAACUGAAGUGAUCGAUAUCGAGGCUAGUGAAAAGGUGUUCGAAGAUCCCAGGGUUGAUGUUGUUAUAAUUUGUACACCAACACCAUCUCACUCCGACAUAAUCAAAAGGGCCUUAUCUGCAGGAAAACAUGUGAUGUGCGAGAAGCCAUUAACUUUAACAGUUUUAGAUACAAAAGAGUGUUACGAGGUGGCGAGAAACCAUGACAAGAUUUUAUUCUGCGCCUACAACAGACGUUUUGACAAACAGUUCUAUACUCUGUACAGCCGUUACAGGAAAGGUGAAAUUGGAAAGCUACGUGUGGUAAAAUUUACCAGCAGGGAAGGUGGGCAGACCAAGGAAUAUCUAAAGAACAACAAAAGUAGAAUUUUCCUUGAUAUGGCCAUCCAUGAUAUUGACUACAUUUGCUGGUUAGUAGGAGAAAAACCCUCAUCUGUCUGUGCAUUUGGUUCAAUUUCUUCAGACAAUGCGGCACUUUAUCAAACAUUUGAUGAUUUUGACUCUGUGACAGCCAUUUUGAAUUUUCCGAAUGGUGUAAUGGCACAGAUGGAAGCCACUAGGGAAGCAAACAUUGGAUACGAGCAGAAAGUUGAGGUGUUGGGAACCAAAGGACUGAUACAGACACAGAGCAUUAAGACAAGUGAGUUGUAUACAGUUACCCAGGAAUCCUGUAAAUCGGAACCUCUCCUACAAACAUUUCUAGAUCGCUACAUGGACAGUUUCCCUACAGAGUUAAACCACUUCAUUAAUGCUGUCCAAGGAAAAGAAGAUAUUUUAGUGACAGCUCAGAGCUGUAUAACUGCCAUGGAGGUCUCUGAUGCCCUCAGUAAAUCAUUGAAAACCAACAGUAUUGUUCAUUUAUGAUUGUUAUAUACAUAUG